ACCUGCGGUCCAGAGUUUUGCAAAUAUCUCAGCAACGUUGUGGUUGUAUUAACAUUUAUUUUAUACGACCCAUCUUCACGUCUUGUACGAGAUAACUCACUGAAGCGAUUUCCAACGAAGAUGAUCGACAAGUUCCCAAAUGCCACUAUAUUUAAUAUGGAAGGGAACGAAAUAGCUGAGAUACCGGAGAAGUUCGAGCAGUGGACAUCAAUGAAAGGGAUCAAUGCAGCUAACAAUCGACUCACAUCAUUCCCUAAUGGCAUAUAUAACAUGAAACACCUCGCCAUUUUGGAUCUUUCUGGAAAUUUGAUUACAGAACGGCUGUAUGUAUCAUGUACUUCCCUUGUACAACUGAAUUUAACCGGAAAUCCUUUGAAAGAGGAAGUUAGACAGCUUUUAACCUCGUCGCCGCUGAAGCCGGUCAAGAUCAUUCUUAAGCUCGAUUGA